AUAUGCAUAUAUAUAUAUAUAUAUAUACUACUAUAUAUAGACACAAGAAUGGUGAUUGGUGAAAAUGUCAAGAUCUAAAUGAACAGAGUAUAAUUAUAAUAGUGAUCGAAGAUGAUGAUGAUGAGGAUGGUGAUUUUGGUGAUGGGUUUAUUAUUAUGGGGAUCUGCAAGCCAAGGAUUAAUAGUAAUGGCUCAUAUUCCUCCGGCAUUGUAUGUGUUUGGAGAUUCAUUAUUGGAUAGUGGUAAUAACAAUUUUUUGCUUACUCUUGCCAAAGCCAAUUACCUUCCUUAUGGUUUUAAUUUCCAAGAUGGUCCUACCGGAAGGUACACCAAUGGCAGAACAGUCGCCGAUUACAUAGCUGAAAAUCUUAAGUUACCAUAUGCUCCUCCAUAUCUAAGUAUAAGAGAAUCGACCUCCCUUACUGGGUUGAAUUAUGCAUCUGGCUCUUGUGGGAUUCUUCCAGAAACUGGCACUCAAUUUGGGGAAUGCUUGAAUCUGAACCACCAGAUCGAUUUGUUUGAAAUCACAAUCAAUACAGAGCUGAAAAAAAAAUUCAGUAAUAAUGAAUUUUCCAACUACCUCUCAAAAUCUAUAUUUAUAUUCUCCAUUGGCAACAAUGAUUACAUAAACAAUUAUCUUACCGAUCCCACCAAGCGUAUUAAAUAUUCUCCUCAAACAUUUGCACAACUUCUUAUCAAUUCACUCGCUCAACAACUUGAGAGAUUAUAUAAAUUGGGAGGUCGAAAGGUAAUAGUGUUCGAACUGGGUCCCAUUGGUUGCAUCCCAUCAAUAACAAGGAAAAGAAAGAUGCAGAGCAACAAAUGUGUGGAAGAGAUCAAUAAAAUGGUUCAAAUAUUCAACCAAAGGCUUGGUGUAAUGCUUCAAAAUCUAACAUCAUCUCUCAAAGCCUCACACUUCAUUCUUGGUCGUGUUCAUGCGUUAGGCUACGAUGCAAUCAAAAAUCCUAAAAAUUAUGGAUUGGUGGAUACAAGCAGUGGAUGUUGUAAGAGUUUGUUGAAUGGGACAUCAGGGUGCAUUCCUUUACAACAGCCGUGCAAAGAAAGUACAAGUCAUUAUUUUUGGGAUGCUUUUCAUCUUACUGAGACUGUUUGUUCACUCAUAGCUAAUGGUUGUUUUACUCACUCAUCUAUAUGCUCUCCCACUAUUAACCAACUUGUACAAAUUUAAUAAUUUGAAUAUAUACAGGGAUACGAUUUUGUCCUGUAAUAUACUUUCAUGGAAUGUAUUUUGUCGUACAUUAGAUGGGUCUCAGGGUACAUUAGAUGAGUCUCAGGGUACGUUACUAUUUUUUAACCCUAAUUAUCCCUAGAUCCCUAGCACUCAGAUCAAAUAACUCUUCCAUCUAACGGUUGCCGUACAUCACAAAAUACAUUCUGUGAAAAAUACAUUAUGGGACAAGGGACAAAAUCGUGUCCCUAUAUAUAUAAUAGCUAGCUAGGUUUAAAUUUAAUUAUUUAAAUUCAAAAUAUGGAUGAUGUGGCCAAUAUUAUCAUUAUCAUGAUUGGUUAAGCAAGAUGGUGCUUUACAUGGAGAACUUUGUGCAAGUAUUUGAUCACUGUUAUCUGUCUGAAUUGCCAUUCAAAGGAGAUCCAUACAUGUGUUGGCUAAGUUAUUUUACACAUAUAAUAUUGAGGUCCAAAUCCAUUCCGCAACAAAAGUAUUUUUAUUUUUUAAUAUUUAAACUUCAUUUUUUUUAACUUCUAUAAAUAAAAUUUGUAGUUAGUACCUUAA